AAAGGCAAGAAUGGCGGGAAAGAGAAGACCGACGACCGCCAUUUCUCUCUCUCUUCAUUCCCCAACAAAUCUAGUAUCGGCCUCACACAAAUUAAAAGAAAGAUGAGCGUGAUCGACCUUCUGUUCAGGGUGGACUCCAUCUGCAAGAAAUACGAAAAAUACGAUAUCGAGAAGCAGCGCGAUCAGAAUGCCUUCUCCGACGACGCCUUCGCCCACCUCUACUCCACCUUCGAGUCCCAAAUCGACCUCGCUCUCAAGAAAUCAAGGAUGGCUGCGUAUGAGACGGACAGGGCGAUCGUGGUGGCGCUGAACGCCGAGGUGCGGCGCAUCAAGGCCAGGCUCAUGGAUGAAGUGCCUAAGCUGAACAAACUUGCGCAAAGGAAGGUGAAAGGUAUGUCCAAAGAAGAACAAGAAGCUCGUGUCGAGCUGGUUCUCGCGCUUCCUGAAAGAAUCGAAGCAAUAUCAGAUGGCACUAGAGGAGGUCCAGCCACACAAGCAUUUGCUUCCUCAUCCAAUAAGAACAUCAAGUUUGACUCUGAUGGGAAAUUGGAUGAUGAUUUCUUUCAACAAUCGGAAGAAUCAAGUCAAUUUAGGCAGGAAUAUGAGAUGCGGAAAAUGAAGCAGGAUCAAGGUCUUGAGGUGAUAUCAGAGGGCUUAGAUACGUUAAAGAAUUUGGCAAAGGAUAUGAAUGAGGAAUUGGAUAGGCAGGUCCCCUUGAUUGAUGAGAUAGAUACGAAGGUGGAUAAGGCAUCGAGUGAUCUCAGGCAUACUAAUGUUAGGCUGAAGGAGACACUUACUAGGGUGAGGUCGUCAAGGAACUUCUGCAUCGAUAUAGUUCUGAUUUGCAUUCUUCUGGGAAUUGCAGCCUAUUUGUACAAUGUGUUGACCUAUUAGCCAACGCAGUGUGUUAGGCCGAAUGUUUGUGAGAAUUCCAUGCGGCGCCUGGUUCUUGAAGAUCUGGAGUUUCCUCUAUCGCAUGUAUGUUUAGUGUGUCGAUUAUUAUUAUCAUAUCAUUUAUCCUAAUAAAUCUUGUUGGCACCUUCUGUUCGAACUAGCUCGAUUUGAGCUGUUGAUUGAGGAAUACAAUACAAAUACUUUAUCAA